CUUUUCCAUGUUUACACAUUCAUAGGAACAGCUGAAAGCCAGCUGCCAUUAAGUUGUUUUUUUGUUGCUGAAGCUCAUCAAACUCUGACUUACUCUGCACUCACCUAAAGGUUUCACACCAAGAGGCCUCCUCAUUAGACAGAAGUGACAUGUACAACGGGAGCUUUGAGGAAUCCAAAAUGCACAAUCACAAAUUCAAUAUUACUGUCUAUUCACAUGUGGGUCAGCUGAUAGUUGCAAGCAUUGGACUUCCUUUGACUGUAAUUGCCAUCGUUGCAGUUUAUCUCCUGAUAAAAAAGGAUCAUGUCACUCCAGUCUACAUCAUCAACCUUCUUUUUUCUGAUCUAAUUCAGCUCUGCUGCAUGAUUGCAGAGAACUUAGUUAAUGGUAAUCUUAUAGUCCAUUACACCUACUUUUAUGGUUUGAUGGUCAGCAUAGGAUUCAUGGUUUGUGUCUCUUUGGAAAGGUAUUUAGCCGUUGCGUGGCCGUUGUGGUACCGCUUUAGGCGAAACAUCAAGACAUCUCUGGUGGUUAGCAUUGUCGUCUGGAUGCUUCCUAUUUUUUUCAUCCUUUCUAUUGUAUUAAAGUUGGGUUUUCAGGUCAUAGGAUUCUUCUGUGCCGUCUUCUUCAUCCUGCCUUUGCCCCUGUUAACGUUCUUCCUGGUCGGGACCAUUAAAGCCUUGUCUGCAGCCCGCAGUGUGUCUGCUGAUGAAAAACGGAGAAUUUUGGCUAUUCUGGUUGUAGUGCUCCUUACUUACACAGUUUUAUUCUGUCCCAGUAUCAUUUGGUUUUUGGUCAGUGAAAUCAGAAAUAUGACUGUUUUUAGCAAUAUAACAUUCAUAUUGCAGUCUUCUAGUCCUCUUGCUGACUUGACGAUGUACCUUUUCAUCAGGAAAAGUGCCAUAGACAAGCUCCUGAUCUCAGUUUGUUGUUGCAAAAUGUCUGAUGAGCAACAGAUGGGCAACACUAGUACAGACAGUCCAGGUGUUUCCACAGACCAGGUCGUAUAAAUGUCCUUUUUCCAGUCUGUUACAGACUGAGAGCGUUUCUAUCACACCUAUUGCUACACACCUACAAACUUUAGGAUUACGUAUAUUUAAGACUUUUUAAGAGUUAGACUUUAGCAAAACCAUGCAUAUUGCUCAUGGUCUCAAAAGUGCUGGAAUAUUUUAGGCAAAAUUAAAAAUGCUUUAUUUUCACAUGUGCAUCACCUGAUAAACCAGGAGCAUCUGUAGGAUCCAGAGAAGCUGCUGCCUGGAUUUGCAUCUUUUAGAGUUGAACAACCAGUCACUGCUAUUUGUCGUUCAUUUAAAAAUAAUCUUCAGCUGAUCUAGAACAUUGCAAUCAUAGUUGAUCUGGAAAGAGUUUUUGUGUUUUUGUACAUUUACGCUGCGUUUUAAAUCUUUUUUAACAUGUUGCUUUUGAUUUAUCAAUUCAAACUUUUCUGUCCAUAUUUUAUUUUACUUAUUUCAUACCAUAUUUUUAUGGUAAUGUUAAUCUGGCCUUGACAAAAACUAAUAUAGAGUGACCUUGAAUUUGUUGUCAUCAGUGUUUGUUUUCACUUCAUUUUAAAGUGCUGUGUAACUAAAGUCAAAGUGAA